UAGGAAGGAGGAAGACAGAAAUGUCCUCCGGGCCGGGGGAGUGGGAGAAAGGAAUUCCAUGCAUGCUCCACGGGAGCAGGGCGGCAGGCCUGCAGGGGCAGCCAGCUCAGCCUCGGUGCCCGUCCGUGUCCUGCUGCCCACUCCUGGCUGCUUGGCCCUGCGCGAGUGAGCCCUCAUCCCCAGGCCACAGGCUGGGAGCAGGGAGCAGUGGCCCUUGUUUGCAGUGCUCGUUUCAACCCUGGCUCACAGGGGAUGAGACUUCUGUGAGCAGUGAAGAUUUUGACAUGAACGACUCCACAUGGAUGUCGGCUGACCCACACCUGGCUUCCAGCCUGAGCCCCAGCCAGGACGAGAGGAUGCGCAGCCCACAGAACCUCCACAGCCAGGAAGAUGAUGACUCUUCCUCGGAGAGCGGCAGCGGCCAUGGCUCCUCCACCCUGAACCCGUCCACGUCGAGCAGCACCCAGGGCGACCCCACCUACCCAGAGAUGAACGGCACCGGCUCAGUGGCCCCCAUGGACUUCGCCGCGGCCGAGGACCAGCCCGUCGACCUGUGUGACAAGCUCCCGCCGGGCCCGGCGCUCGGCGCACCCUCCUACCCCUCGGACGGCUGUGGCACCGACGGGCUGCGGAGCCGUGUCAAGUACGGGGUGAAGGCCACCCCUGAGGGGGGCGGGGGGUGCCCCCAGAUGUACCAAGGGAUGGUAUUGCGUUGUGGCUGCACCCGCUCUGCACGGGGAGGCGCAGUGAGCGCAGGAGUGACCAGAGCAGUCUCUGCCCGGGCCCCCGGCAGGCCUAGCUAUGCUUCCAUGGAGGGGCGCGGAUGGCUCGAGAGGGCCUUCAAACCAGUGCUGCCGUGCCGCGGGGGACAUGGGGGUCCGCGAGCCGACGACGACGACGACGACCACGACGACCACGAGGACAACGACAAGAUGAACGACUCCGAGGGCGUGGACCCCGAGCGCCUCAAGGCCUUCAACAUGUUCGUGCGGCUCUUCGUGGACGAGAACCUGGACCGCAUGGUGCCCAUCUCCAAGCAGCCCAAGGAGAAGAUCCAGGCCAUCAUCGAGUCGUGCAGCCGGCAGUUCCCCGAGUUCCAGGAGCGGGCCCGCAAGCGCAUCCGCACGUACCUCAAGUCCUGCCGCCGCAUGAAGAAGAACGGCAUGGAGAUGACCAGACCCACGCCGCCCCACCUGACCUCGGCCAUGGCAGAGAACAUCCUGGCCGCCGCCUGCGAGAGCGAGACGAGGAAGGCAGCCAAGAGGAUGCGCCUGGAGAUCUACCAGUCCUCGCAGGACGAGCCCAUAGCUCUGGACAAGCAGCACCCGCGGGACUCCGCGGCCAUCGCCCACUCCACCUACUCACUGCCAGCCUCCUACUCCCAGGACCCCGCGUACGUCAACGGUGGCCUCAACUACAGCUACCGUGGGUAUGGGGCCUUGGGCAGCAACCUGCAGCCCCCCGCUUCCCUCCAGACGGGGAACCACAGCAACGGGCCCACGGACCUCAGCAUGAAAGGCGGGGCCUCCACCACCUCCACCACCUCCACGCCCACCCCCUCCAGCACCAGCACCAGCAGGCCCGUGCCCACCGCCCAGCUCAGCCCCACGGAGAUCAGCGCCGUUCGGCAGCUCAUCGCGGGCUACCGGGAGUCCGCUGCCUUCCUGCUGCGCUCUGCAGACGAACUGGAAAACCUCAUCUUACAGCAGAACUGACCCCACGGCACCUGGAGCACUGCCCUAGGGAAGGAGGCUGGCCCGGCCCGGCCCAGCUUCCUGCCUUGCCCGUUGGUACAUUUUGUUUUUUGAAGGAGGCGGGAUCCAGAGGAGCUGUUUCUAGCCACACUCCAAGCACCUGAGACUUUGGGCACAAGGACAC